AUGCAAACCAUCAAGAGCCUCUGGGUGCAGACGUUCCCCUCGAAACCCACCCUCACAGCGGCCACGCUCCCUCCGCAAACCGGCAAAGUCAUCAUCAUCACAGGCGCCACCUCAGGCCUGGGCUUCGAGCUCGCCCGCGUCCUCUACAACGCCGGCGCAACAGUCUACAUCGGCGCCCGCAACGAGGCCAAAGCCAAAGCCACAAUCGAGACCAUCACCAGCACAAGCCCAAGCUCAAGCACAGGCUCAACCUCAACCCCGAACCCCGGGACCCUCCACUUCCUCCCCCUCGACCUCGCCGACCUCCGCACAAUCGCGCCAUUCGUCCAGUCCUUCCUAUCCCUCUCAUCCCGCCUCGACAUCCUCUUCAACAACGCCGGCGUCGCCAGCAUCCCGCCAUCCACCCGCACCGCCCAAAACCUCGAACCACACCUCGGCACAAACUGCGCGGCCCCCUACCUCCUCACCCAGCUCCUCUCGCCCCUCCUCACAUCCACAGCCCAGAACCCCUCCACACCACGCAACAGCGUCCGCGUCAUCUGGACCAGCAGCAUGCUCGUCGACGCGCUCGCACCCCGCUCCGGAAUCCGGCAGUCCGACCUGGACCCCGACGCCCCGAAUCCAAACAUGAAUGUCAACUACGCGCUCAGCAAGACGGGGAACUGGUUCCUUGCGGACCGGCUGGCGAAACAGCUUGGCGAGCAGGGCGUCGUCAGCGUCACGCAGAACCCGGGGAACAUCUACACGCCGAUCUUCGACAAUGCGCCCCGGCUGGCGGUGUGGCUUUCCAGGCCGAUUUAUUAUACGCCGCGGCAGGGGGUCAAUACGAUAUUGUGGGCGGGGCUUAGUGAGAGUGUUACGGUGGAACGGGGGGGUGGGUAUGUGAUUCCGUUUGGGCGGUGGCAUCCGUUUCCGAGGAGGGAUUUGCUUGAGGCGAUGAGGGAUAAGGAGGAGGGUGGGGAUGAGGCGGAGAAUGAGGGGAGGGGGUAUGCGAAAGCUUUUGAGGAGUGGUGUGAGAAGGUUACGAGGGAGUUUCGUUGA